UUUGCUGCUCUUCCCCGCUUCACUACCAACAAGCUCACAACUCCCAAUAAGCAUCUCAGCAACUCCCACACACACACCCCACUCUGCUGCCCAGAAAAAAUGGCCAAAAACAGUUCAAGUGAUCCUCCAUUAAAGCACCACAAAGUUGCAGAAGAAGAAGAUGAUGAGGACUACAUUGACAUGGAAGUGAACUCUUCUUCUUCCCCACAGAUCAGAGAGUUUGAGUUCCAAAUGGCUUCCAUUUCUGUGGAGAAAGGGCCCUCCACUUCCCCUGCUGAUGAGCUUUUCUACAGAGGGAAGCUCCUCCCUCUCCACCUCCCUCCCAGGCUGCAGAUGGUGCAGAAGCUCCUACAGAACACCCCCACCACCAUUGAUGAAGAAGAAGAAGAAAGCUUCUGUGGGAUGCCCUUUAUCAGCACUGCAACUAGCUCUACAGAUACCAGUACUCCAAUGGAGUCAUGCAACAUUUCCCCAUCUGAGUCUUGCAGGGUGAGCUGUGAGCUCAACCCUGAUGACUGCUACUUUGAAUGGUCCAAUGAGUUUAGCGGUUUCAUCAAUAGCCACCACCCAAAGAAGUCUUGGGCCAAGAAGCUUAAACUGGUUAAGCAGUCUCUGAUAAGCCAGAAGCUGAAGGCCUCCAAGGCUUAUCUCAAGGGGCUGUUCACCAAGUCUGGUUGUUCAGAUGAGUCCUGUGCAAAGGCAGCCAGCUGCUGUAACCAUCCUGAAUCUGAUCAACAACAAGGUUUGAAUGGUCAGGAUUUCUCCAUCAACAACAAGUACAUGAAAGUGGGGAUGAGACCCUCAUUGCCAUACAUUGGGAAAUGUCCACAUCCCACCAUAGCCAGUGUGAUCAAGAAUGGUGAGAGAGAUGGGGUUGAGGACACUCUGAGCAAUCCCAGGAGGUCAUUCUCAGCAGCAAUCAAAAGGCAUUCCCCCACAAAGUGUCUCUCUUCCUCUUCAUCCUUUUCAUCUGGUACUUCCUCUUCUUCCUCCUCUUCUUCAUCCAUUGCAUUCAUCUCUAAUGGCUGCUAUGAGCUCAAUUUCCUCAAGAGAAGCAGCAGUGACACCUCAGAGAUUGAGGGCUCCAUCCAGGCAGCAAUUGCUCAUUGCAAGAAGUCUCAAGAACUCUCCAGUUCAAGAAAACCAUUGGCUGAAAAUGGGGCUUGUUCACUGUCUGCUCCAAAGAUUGUAGCCUGUGAUGUUCAAGGAAGACAAGGUGCCUGUAGCAUCUAAUUCUAAAAUCUUCUCCUUCCCUUUUUCUUCUUCUUUCUUCCCUGUGAUGACUGAGAGAAUGAAGGAAGCCAUGUUCAUCUUAAAUCUAUAAGAGCAAAUAAAUCUAAAAGUUCAUUCAUUUGUUAGAGUUUACAAAAUGUAUGUAAUGAAAUUCUGUCCAUCAAGUCAUUUGAAUGAAUGUGUAUAAUCAUAGAAUU